AUGCUGAAUUGCUCGCAGAUACCGCCGCCCGACUUGACGGUCACCUCUUCAAUAAUGUCCAUAGUACUUUGUUAUAUAAUAGUAUUCAUCAUAGCGUUCGUCGGGAAUUUCACAAUGUUUCUCAUCCUCUGCAGGAAUCAGUGGAUCAAAGUGCGACGGGUACACUCUUUGCUACUACAGAUGAACAUAGCUCAUCUAAUGGUUACGCUAUUCUACAUGCCGAAGGAGAUCUUACACAAUUACACGAUCGCUUGGUAUGGAGGCGAUAUUUUGUGUCGUACGUGCAAGUUCUUCGACGUAUUCGGCAUAGCGCUGUCGAUGAACAUUCUCAUCUGUAUCUCCCUUGACCGAUUCUACUCCAUAUUCUUCCCUCUGUAUGCAAUGCGUGCGCGGAAAAGCGUACAGAAAAUGGUGAUCGUUGCUUGGAUCACCUCGUUCCUCACAAGUGCUCCACAGUUCUACCUCUUUAAAACCGCCACUCAUCCAUGUUACCCAACAUACACGCAAUGUGUUUCCAGAAAUCUCGUCAACGAAAUCUCUACAGGGGUUAUUUUCUACUUCUCCAUUCUCAACAUCAUACAGGUCUACUUCUUUCCACUUAUUGUCACUGUCGUUUGUUAUUCGCUAAUUCUUUGGAAAAUAUCAGAAGAAUCAUCUGCCAAGAAAAAAGAAGCAGAACUGGCUUCUGAUGGCCUGCUUCGCCGUAGCGGUGUCAACACUCUCGAAAGAGCACGGAGUAGGACAUUAAGGAUGACCUUUGUCAUUGUGGUCGCUUUCAUUUGUUGCUGGACGCCUUACGCAAUUAUGAUGUUCUUGCACUUUCUUACUAAAACAGAUUGGAUCCCGAAAGAUGUGCGAAAAUUCAUUUAUGCUUUUGCCGUUUUUAACUCUGCCAUCUCUCCCUAUCUAUACGGUUAUUUCUCUUUCGAUUUGAAGAAAGAGCUCAAAUUGCUUUUUACCUGCUCUAGAGCAACCACUGCCGAUCGGCACCUCUCCUGCUCUGCAAACGUCGUAAGAAAUUCAAGUGAACGGAUGAGAAAGAGAAGCGCUAGCGCUACGCAUUUGGUGCAGGAUCAGGAUCUCACACCGGUGCUCACAAAUCGGGCUUUGACCUCGACGCGGUCUCUUCGUACUAUCAAAAAACCGACUCUUAUCACUACUACCCCAGCUACGCUUUCACCUCGUACAGCUUUGAAAUUAUGACCCUCACAUAUAUU